AUGUUUAAGGAGGUUAGACCGGAAGUGACUGCUUUCAUUGAGCAAAGUAGAAAGCAAAGAGAUGAAAGACGUGACGCAAAAGUCAAAGCUUUGUCGGCAUUAGUCAUCCAGAAAAAUUGGCGUAGUUUUAUACAGAGGAAACAUGCAAUUCAAAGCUUUAGGUUGGAAUUUGAUUCAAAAUUCUCUGGAGUAACCGACACCAAAACAAUACAGUUCAUUCCUGCUGUUCAGCUGUUAAGAUACAUUAAAUGCUUACAGUUUAAAUAUUGUCCUAAGUCGGACUAUGACCGCUUUCAGUUGCUUAUCCGAUAUUUAGUUAAUUCAGUGGAAGCUGGAGAUUCAAAAACAUCCUACAUUUCCCUUUCACUAAGAAAACCCACCUUAGUGGAGUGGAUAAUUACGACAAAAUGGCUGUUUUCUACGAUCCUAAGACAUAUGAAUGGCAUUGAUCCAUCUGUUCCCAGUGAUUCAAGGAUACUGAAUGUCUUUUUGUCGUUUUUACUCAUCCACACCAAUUGCUCGCAAUGGUCUUUAAUCCAGGAUGAGAAAUUAAAGCCUGCAAUGAACCAGUUAGCUUCAGCUUUCCUCCAACAUCUUGUUCAAAGGCGUUUAUUUGAAAAUUUGAAUACUGUUUUGCAAAAAGGUUUAGCCAGACAUACUCCUUCUCUGACAAAAAUCUCCUUGACAGGAAUAUUCACCAUUGCUAUGAGACCGUUGAUAUCUGAGAAGUUUCCUGAGAAACUAGUAAUUUCAUUUGCAACUAAUAUCUUGACUGUACCUGGAUUUAUAUUGCAUAUAAAUUCAAUGAUGAAUGAAGCGUAUGAUAUUAUUGUUAAAGAAAGAUUGUGCUCCAGAAUUAUACUUACUUUGUAUGCCAGUUCAGAAGAGUUUGAUAACCUACUAUCUCGUCUAGAAGGAUCUUAUGUAUUAUGUCUAAUUGCAAAUCUAAUUCAGUUGAGUCUGUUAGAAACUGAUAUUUUGGCAUCUCAUUGUACAGAAUUUUGCAUUGUGCUAUCUAAAUUCAUGCAUUAUUUGGGAACUUAUGUUGGCAGUAAAAAGUCAAAUCUUUGUAGCUGGCAUCCAAUUCUUGGUUGGUUUGCCCAAUCACUAGAUAAUUCUUUACAAGCAGCUAUGUCAUUUGUAACAAGUCAAUUGAGAUUACUAUGGAAUGGUCGAAUGGUUCGUUUGCUAUUCGCCGACUUAUAUGCACAAGCUGAAUUAAGUCUACCUGAAGGCAGUGCAGGAUCAGAUGGAAAUCCAUCUACUACAGGUCAUCCACCGAGUCCAAGUAGCUCAAGUUCUGCUGUUCCUGGCCCUGGACCUGGUCCUGGCGCACCGUCUAAAGCAGAGAAACUUGCUGUAGCUGGUCUACUGCCUCCUCAAUCACGAAUGAUGAUGACUAGUGGUGGUGGUGGUGGUGGCGGUAGAUCGAGCACUUCUGAUGUUGAUGGUUAUGCCAAUCGUGUUCGUCAUGGUCUAUCGAAUUUCCUGCGUCAAAUAACCAACUCAUCAACUUAUCGUAAUCGAUUUAAAAAUAGUAAAAAGGAGAGAAUGAAUAAUUAUGUACCGAAUCUUUCUACCACACGUUCAGAUUGUCCUGGACCAAGUGAUCUACCGAAAUCACUGAAAGCUGUUUGUAUGCUGUAUUGUUUUACUUCAGGAAGUUUAAAAGAAAUAAGGAGUGCUAUUCUAGCUGGUUUAUCACUGGGCGAUUUAUUGCCUCGUAUGUGGCGUUUAAUUUCUUGUUGUGGAUCUGUACGUGAUUGGGCCAAUGUGAUUAUGAAUUCACAGUCAGUAUACUACUUGGAACCGCAUGAAUCACAUUUAAUGCAAAUAUUUGCUGCAGCUACAAGUAAUUUAUUAAGCAUUCUAGAUGAUGCAGAAUUAUUUGAAUUGAAGAAAUCAUUUACUGUUGAUGAAUUGUGUUCAAUGGGUUCAUUUUUCAAUCACUUGAUUUAUGAAUCAGUUAUUAUGGUACCUGACCCUAACCAACUGAAAUUAUGGAGUGCAUCAUCAAAAACAACAGAUAAUAAUCAUAAUAAUAAAUUGAAUAAACCGAAUCUAUCUAGUAGUAGUGGUAUGCCGGCUAAUAAUAACAAUAAUAAGGCAGCAGCAGCAGCUCAAUCAACUAUGGAUUGUUGUACAUCAACUAUGCCUAAUUUAUUUACAAUCUGUUUACGAUUAUUAUCUGUGAUUUAUGAACGUGACAGUCGACAUCCAUUUACACCGGAGAAUUUUUGGUUAAUCUCUAAUCUCAAAGUUUCAGCUUUUCUCUCCGAUUUACGCAAACCGAAACCCCAUGCAACAUUUCUACUAAAGCAUAUUCCACAUAUUAUACCACACAAAGAGCGUGUUAUCCUUUUUCGAGAUUUUGUACGUGAAGAUAAAGCCUCUCUGGGAAUACAUACACGAACUAAUUGGCUUACAGAUGAUGGCCCCGUUGGUGCUGUGAUCACAGUGCAUAGAAAUCGUAUUGUUGAAGAUGGAUAUCAACAGCUGGCCAAUUUAACUUCACCACAACUACGUAUGAAAAUACGUGUACAGUUCGUCAAUGAAAUGGGUUUAGAUGAAGUUGGCAUUGAUUUGGAUGGUGUAUUUAAAGAAUUCUUAGAAGAAACACUUCGUCGUGUAUUUGAUCCAAGUUUAAAUUUAUUUCGUGUAACAAAUGAUCAACGCUUAUAUCCAUCGCCUACAUCACAUCUACAAGAGAGUCAUUUACAGCUAUUUGAAUUUUUAGGCAAAAUGCUUGCUAAAGCUAUCUAUGAAAGUAUUGUUGUCGAUGUACCAUUUGCAAAUUUCUUUCUUACUCAAUUACUCGGUCGUGAAAAAGCUGGUUGCUACAGUUUUCUUGAUGAAUUAGCCACAUUGGAUAGAGAGUUAUACAAAAGUCUUAGUUAUAUCAAGUUUAAAUAUUGUCCUAAGUCGGACUAUGACCGCUUUCAGUUGCUUAUCCGAUAUUUAGUUAACUCAGUGGAAGCUGGAGAUUCAAAAACUGUUUUGCAAAAAGGUUUAGCCAGACAUACUCCUUCUCUGACAAAAAUCUCCUUGACAGGAAUAUUCACCAUUGCUAUGAGACCGUUGAUAUCUGAAAAGUUUCCUGAGAAACUAGUAAUUUCAUUUGCAACUAAUAUCUUGACUGUACCUGGAUUUAUAUUGCAUAUAAAUUCAAUGAUGAAUGAAGCGUAUGAUAUUAUUGUUAAAGAAAGAUUAUGCUCCAGAAUUAUACUUACUUUGUAUGCCAGUUCAGAAGAGUUUGAUAACCUACUAUCUCGUCUAGAAGGAUCUUAUGUAUUAUGUUUAAUUGCAAAUCUAAUUCAAUUGAGUCUGUUAGAAACUGAUAUUUUGGCAUCACAUUGUACAGAAUUUUGCAUUGUGUUAUCUAAAUUCAUGCAUUAUUUGGGAACUUACGUUGGCAGUAAAAAGUCAAAUCUUUGUAGCUGGCAUCCGAUUCUUGGUUGGUUUGCCCAAUCAUUAGAUAAUUCUUUACAAGCAGCUAUGUCAUUUGUAACAAGUCAAUUAAGAUUACUAUGGAAUGGUCGAAUGGUCCGUUUGUUAUUCGCCGACCUAUAUGCACAAGCUGAAUUAAGUCUACCUGAAGGCAGUGGAGGAUCAGAUGGAAAUCCGUCUACUGCAGGUCAUCCACCGAGUCCAAGUAGCUCAAGUUCUGCUAUUCCUGGGCCUGGUGCACCGUCUAAAGCAGAGAAACUUGCUGUAGCUGGUCUACUGCCUCCUCAAUCACGAAUGAUGAUGACUAGUGGCGGUGGUAGAUCGAGCACUUCUGAUGUUGAUGGUUAUGCCAAUCGUGUUCGUCAUGGUCUGUCGAAUUUCCUGCGUCAAAUAACUAACUCAUCAACUUAUCGUAAUCGAUUUAAAAAUAGUAAAAAGGAGAGAAUGAAUAAUUAUGUACCGAAUCUUUCGACUACACGUUCAGAUUGUCCUGGACCAAGUGAUCUGCCGAAAUCACUGAAAGCUGUUUGUAUGCUGUAUUGUUUUACUUCAGGAAGUUUAAAAGAAAUUAGGAGUGCUAUUCUAGCUGGUUUAUCACUGGGCGAUUUAUUGCCUCGUAUGUGGCGUUUAAUUUCUUGUUGUGGAUCUGUACGUGAUUGGGCCAAUGUGAUUAUGAAUUCACAAUCAGUAUACUACUUGGAACCGCAUGAAUCACAUUUAAUGCAAAUAUUUGCUGCAGCUACAAGUAAUUUAUUAAGCAUUCUAGAUGAUGCAGAAUUAUUUGAAUUGAAGAAAUCAUUUACUGUUGAUGAAUUGUGUUCAAUGGGUUCAUUUUUCAAUCACUUGAUUUAUGAAUCAGUUAUUAUGGUACCUGACCCUAACCAGCUGAAAUUAUGGAGUGCAUCAUCAAAAACAACAGAUAAUAAUCAUAAUAAUAAAUUGAAUAAACCGAAUCUAUCUAGUAGUAGUGGUAUGCCAGCUAUUAAUAAUAAUAAUAAGGCAGCAGCAACAGCUCAAUCAACUAUGGAUUGUUGUACGUCAACUAUGCCUAAUUUAUUUACAAUCUGUUUACGAUUAUUAUCUGUGAUUUAUGAACGUGACAGUCGACAUCCAUUUACACCGGAAAAUUUUUGGUUAAUCUCUAAUCUCAAAGUUUCAGCUUUUCUCUCCGAUUUACGCAAACCGAAACCCCAUGCAACGUUUCUACUAAAGCAUAUUCCACAUAUUAUACCACACAAAGAGCGUGUUAUCCUUUUUCGAGAUUUUGUACGUGAAGAUAAAGCAUCCCUGGGGAUACAUACACGAACUAAUUGGCUUACAGAUGAUGGCCCAGUUGGUGCUGUGAUCACAGUGCAUAGAAAUCGUAUUGUUGAAGAUGGAUAUCAACAGUUGGCCAAUUUAACUUCACCACAACUACGUAUGAAAAUACGUGUACAAUUUGUCAAUGAAAUGGGUUUAGAUGAAGUUGGCAUUGAUUUGGAUGGUGUAUUUAAAGAAUUCUUAGAGGAAACACUUCGUCGUGUAUUUGAUCCAAGUUUAAAUUUAUUUCGUGUAACAAAUGAUCAACGCUUAUAUCCAUCGCCUACAUCACAUCUACAAGAGAGUCAUUUACAGCUAUUUGAAUUUUUAGGCAAAAUGCUUGCUAAAGCUAUCUAUGAAAGUAUUGUUGUUGAUGUACCAUUUGCAAAUUUCUUUCUUACUCAAUUACUCGGUCGUGAAAAAGCUGGUUGUUACAGUUUUCUUGAUGAAUUAGCCACACUGGAUAGAGAGUUAUACAAAAGUCUAAGUUAUAUCAAGCAUUAUGAUGGAGAUGUAUCCGAUUUAGAGUUCACCUAUUCAUAUGCAGAAGAUUGUUUAGGUCAAGUGAUUAUACAUGACCUAUGCCCUGGUGGACGGCAGAUAUCUGUAACAAACGAUGUCAAAAUAAGUUAUGUGCAUAGUGUAGCACAUUUUCGUAUGUAUAAACAAAUUCGUAGUCAAACUGCCUCAUUUAUACGUGGAUUUUAUUCAAUAUUAAAUCCUGAUUGGUUGGCAAUGUUUUCUCCACCAGAAUUACAAACUCUUAUAUCAGGUGAUUGUGGUUCUAUGGAUAUUGAUGAUUUAAAGCAGCAUACACGUUAUUCCGGUGGAUUUCAUAGUAAUCAUCGUGUUAUUCGUUGGUUAUGGGAUAUUUUAAGACGUGAUUUCGAUGAUCGUGAACGUAGUUUAUUUUUAAAGUUUGUAACUAGUUGUUCGAGACCACCUCUGUUAGGUUUUGCAAAUCUGGAACCACCAUUCUGUAUACGUUGUGUGCAUUAUACAAAUGAAGAUCAAGAUGUUGGAGAUACUCUAGGAUCAGUGUUGAAAGGAUUUCUUGGUGUUGUUGGACGUCGUGAAGAAGUCUCUCGUUUGCCGACUGCAUCAACUUGUUUUAAUCUCCUUAAACUACCGAAUUAUUCAUCUCGGAGUGCAUUGAAAGAGAAGCUGAGAUAUGCAAUAAAUAGUCAUGCUGGCUUUGAGUUAUCAUAACUUUUUUUAUUUUUAAUUUCUACUUUUUGUCUUCUUUUACACUGUGUUCACAGUUUGAGAACUGUAAAUAUAAUUUCACUUCAGUUGACGCAUUUCAUUGUCCAACGUUGUUUUUGUUGUUUUCUCUCUCUCUCUCCUUUUCUUUUUGUAAUUAAACCGACUGUUUUAUGUUUCAUUUAUUUUUUAUUUGAGUUUUACACUUUUCAUUUUCCUUUUGAAAUGUGGAACUUCAUACCUGAGUUCAUUUCUUCAUUGAAUAAUAUAAUGAGACGUGUUUCAUAAUAAUUAUAAUAAUAUAUUUCAUAACUGUGAUGACAAUUUCAGAUAAAGUUCACGAAUUUUUUGUCAUCCUUGUCGAUUCCUUUCAGUGCUUUAUUAAUAAUAUUUCCGUUAUUUGCUCUUGUGUUUCUUUCUUGAAUAAUAAUAAUAAUAAGACUAUCUCUCUCCUG